CGUCCUAUAAAACGUCCCGCCCCGCCCACUCGAAAAGCCAGCUCCUCCAUUUCACCAACUCACACCCCCACACACGCCAUUAACUCACCCAACAGCAGCUAGCCGAGCCGAGCCAACCAACGGACGAACACCUCUCUGGCUCUCUCCCCCACCGCGUCGUCGUCGUCGUCGUCGCCGAUGGCCAAAUGCAGCAAGAUCCGCUACAUCGUCUGGCUCCGGCAGACGCUGCGGCGGUGGCGGUCCCGGGCCGCGGCGCGCGCGGCGGCGGAGGCGGUGCCGGCGGGGCACGUGGCGGUGUGCGUGGGCGGGGCGUCGCGGCGGUUCGUGGUGCGGGCGGCGCACCUGAACCACCCGGUGUUCAGGGAGCUGCUCCGGCAGGCGGAGGAGGAGUACGGCUUCCCGUCGGGCGCCUACUGUGGCCCCAUCGCGCUCCCCUGCGACGAGGGCCUCUUCGAGCACGUCCUCCGGCACCUCUCCUCGCCGUCCUCCGCCGCGCGGUUCGUCACCCUCGAGGACAUCCAGAGCGGCGCCCUCUCCUGCUGCUGCGCCGCCGCCGGCGACGCCCUCCCGCUCCUCCGCGGCAUUGCCACCGACAAGGCCGUGUGGUGAAUGCGAUGUGUGAUCCCACCCCUAGCUAGCCGCUCCGCUCGCCAUUGCGCGUGCGUGCAUGCGCGCGACCGUUCUUGCCACCAUUUUUUUUUUCUCUUCUCUUCUUGUCCUCUUUUUUCCCCUCUCCCUCCAUGGCCAUUUGAGAGGAGCUGAGACUCGCCGGAGCAAGAGAAAGAGAGAGAAAUCGGCGACCGGCCGGCGGUGGCGGUGAAGUGAGAUGGCUGAGAAAGUCUUAGGAUUUUGAGACGGCCAAGUCUAGUCAUCCAUUCCCUUGUCAAAUCCGGGAAAAUUAUUUAGCACCGGAGAUUUUUAUUCUUUCUUCUUCUUCUUCUUAUUUUCACUUAAUAAUUCGCCAGUGUAAAUAACUGUACUACUGCGAUUAUUCUGCCACCAUUUCAAGUGAAUUGAAACAUUCUUUCUUUACAAA